GCUGUGCUUAGCUUGCAAGUGCAUCAGUAAAGCAUUGUUGGUGUCAGAAUGGAGAUAUUGCCGGUACUUCUGCUGCUGCUGGGGCUGUUACCAGCCAUGGAUGCCAACCGGUUGAACGUGAACAACAACUUUCGGAAGAUGCAGGUGCGACUGCGCACGAAUCGAACACGAGUAGCACAUCCAAUACGUGAGGGUCGCGUGGAAGUCAGCUUCGAUUACGGAGAAACGUGGGGCACCAUUUGUAGCAACAACUGGACGAAGCGCGAGGGAAAUGUUGUCUGCCGGCAGCUGGGUCUGGGCUAUGCAUCCAUGGCUACGAUGAGCACUCAACACGGUGAUACCAAACGCUAUCCUUUGGGCAUGGUUGGCAUAAGCUGUCGCGGCUCUGAGCGUCGACUAUCUGAAUGCCGUCGCGAGUCACGAUUUCCGGUUGCCUGCGGUUCGAGUAAUCGUAAUGUUGCCACUGUUGCUUGUGUGAAUCACACGCCAGAUUUGGAGUUGGGACUCAAAGAAAUCGAGGUGAAUGCCUUUCUGGAUUCAGUGCCAAUGACUAACCUUACUUGCGCCAUGGAGGAAAACUGCCUAUCAGCGGAUGCAUACAUCAUACGCAGAACAAAUCCAAGUGGCAUAAGAAAGCUGCUACGUUUUGCUGUUAAGGCUAAAAAUGUUGGAGAUGCCGAUGUGAGUCCUUAUGCCAACUACAGGGAUUGGACUUGGCACCAGUGUCACAUGCACUUCCACAGCGUAACUGUCUUUGCCACCUUCGAUGUUUACAAUCAGCGCUACGAGAAGGUUGCACAAGGUCACAAGGCAUCCUUUUGUCUCGAAGACACUGAGUGUAAUCCUGGCGUAAAUAAAAAGUAUACCUGCGGAAACACCACUCAGGGAAUUUCACCAGGAUGCGCUGAUGUCUAUUCUACGGAGUUAGAUUGCCAAUGGGUCGAUGUCACCACGGUGCCCAUUAAUCACAAUUAUAUACUGCGCGUAGCUCUCAAUCCUGAGCAUCUCUUGCCUGAGAAGACAUUCGAGAAUAAUGGAGCCGAAUGCGUAUUGCACUACACGGGUGAUAGGAGAACAACAAAAGUAACAAACUGUGUUCGAAAGUCAUUAUGGGUGUAAUUAUUCACAUUACAAUUUUAUAAGUCAGAGAUUCAAAUUCGAUUUUAUUUAAAACUUUUUUGUAUUCUUUAAAUUGUUAAUUUAAGUUAAAAAUCA